CACUCACACCACGUGUCCAAUGUGAUACCGGAAGAAACCACUCGUCGGUGCAGGCUGUGGAAAAGUAGAGACGCUGACGCUUAGACAUAUUAGGAAGAAUAACUUAAGGAAACUUUUGAUGUGCUUUAUUUCAAAGUAACCUACAGGACCAUUGUGGCUUUACAACGUGUCUGUUGAAAAUUUGCUUCUAUGUGGCAUCUUUGGUUUGCGACGGGAAACUGAUACAGACUAGCAACUGUAACAACAUUAAUGACACUGUAACUAGUGUUACACUAGAACACUGAAGGUCAUGCAAUCUGUUGAGAAUGCGUGCUGUAUUAUCUCAGUGCAUAGUUUAGAUACAGGAAAGCGUUUGAGUUGCAGCGGUACUAUUAUAAGUCGUACAGGGAUAGUGCUCUGUAGUGGGGUUCUGUUUAGGUUCCUGGAGAAGGAAAAUUGGUUUUCUUCUAACAAAAGCUUUAUUUUGCCAGGCAGCAGUAGUCGUAAUCUUGACAUACGCGUGCGAUAUCAUGAACCAAAUGUUGGAAUGAAUGAAUGUUCAGCUCUGUCUUGUGUCAGAGAGAGGCCCGUAUCGAGCCAUAAUGCUGAACUUUUAAUUUUAGUCAAUUGUCCAGAGUUUCGCUCAGCAUUCCGAAGUGUAUUUAGAGAAACCGACAAGUGGAGUUUAAUAGAGAGCGAGGAUUCUGAAGUCAGAAACUUUGACGUUUUGUCUUGGUUUGCGGUAUUAACAGUGCCAUACUGGAAUCGCAGCAACACCAUUCCUCAUGUCAGAAGUGGUUCUUUGAAGAAAGGGUGCACGGUCAUAGCCUGUGGUUCUCCGUUUGGCUCUCAAUGCCCCGACCUCUUUAUGAGCACCCUGAGCAAAGGCAUUGUGAGCAACCUUUACGGAGAGGACAACGUAGUCAUCCUCACUGAUGCGCGCUGUUUACCUGGAACCGAAGGUGGCGGAGUUUUUGUAGAAGACGGAAGACAUGUUUACCUCGUUGGCCUAAUUGUGGCUCCUUUAUGCUGGAAGUCCAGCGACUGGAUUGGGUUGACUCUUGUAUGCUCUCUUCAUGCCAUACUCAGAAACAUACAACAGUCGGCCAUGGUAAACCAGGCGAUCCAGCAAUGUGUUGGAAAUAUUUCCAAUAAUGAGCAUCAACUAGGCCUACUGUCUUCUGAAAGUCUAGUCAAAAAUCCAACAGUGGCACUGGUGCAGAGUGGCCAGUUUUGGGGAUCAGGGAUACUCUAUAAACAUCGUUUGAUUUUGACAUGCAGGCAUGUGGUGGAUGGGAAAUCUGUGGUUAAAGUGAAAUUCUAUGUGGAUGGAAGAUUUCACACUAUGAUGGGCGAUGUGGUGUUCUCCACUGAAGCAUCCUCUCCCUACGAUAUUGCUGUGGUUCAGCUCAAAACUGACCCCCCAUAUGAAUUUGUUCCACAGUUUGCCUCUUUUUUCCAACCAGGUGAAGAUGUCAUCGCCAUUGCUUAUGGUGUUUUCGGUGGGAUCUGUGGGCCGUCCAUGACCUCAGGGAUCCUUUCCAGGGUGGUGACCCAUAAGUCCCGGCCUGUGAUGCUCCAGACUACAUGUGCAGUGCAGGCAGGAGCCAGCGGUGGAGCCGUAGUGCGUGCAGACACAGGAGAGCUCCUUGGUCUUGUGUCCAGCAACACACGUGAUUUUACAGCUGAAGUGACAUAUCCACACUUGAAUUUUAGCAUUCCAGUUACUGUGCUAGAACCCCUGCUGAAGGGCUUUGCUGUAACGGGCGAUGCAGAAGUGUUUGAGGACCUCAACAGAAUUGACAAAGGAGUAAGGACUAUCUGGAGACUGCAAAAUACACAGAGCAAACUAUGACGCUGACAAUGCCUUCCUCAAUCCCAUGUGCCUUAAUAUGGAGGACUGACAACUAUUUGGAGAUAUGAUAUGUAAGGCAUUCUUUAUUGUCUUUGUAGUGUACCAGUGAGGUUCACCAUACCUUUACAGCAGUGUUUGUGUAACCAGUGGCCUACAAAGGACCACAAUAAAUGAAAUACAAACAGCA